AUGGCUGCCGCAAUGGCCACAUCGCGUCGACCAAAUUUCCUUGUGAUAGUUGCUGAUGACCUGGGCUUCUCGGACACGGGCUGCUACGGCGGCGAGAUCAAGACACCUCACAUCGACAGCAUCGCAAGCGAGGGUGGCUUGAGGUUCACGGAUUUCCAUGCUGCGUCAGCAUGCUCUCCCACACGUUCGAUGUUGCUUUCUGGCACCGACAACCAUAUCGCCGGCCUUGGGACGAUGAACGAGUCUCAGACUGAGUUCCAGCGAGGCAAGCCUGGCUAUGAGGGAUACCUCAACGACCGCGUAGUGGCCCUGUCGGAACUGUUGCAGGAUGCAGGGUAUCAAACCCUGAUGUCGGGAAAGUGGCAUUUGGGGCUGGAUCCAGAUCGCACUCCCCAGGCGCGUGGCUUCGAUCGAUCGUACGCCCUUCUCCCAGGCGCAGCAAACCACUAUGGCUGGGAGCCUCAGCUCCGGCACCGGGACGAGAAACUGCCCGCGUUGAUGUCGCAUAUACCAAGCUUUUAUGUGGAAGAUGACAAGACUAUCGAGCCGAAGGACUUGGGAGAGCACUUCUACUCCACCGUCGCCUUUACCGACAAGAUGAUUGGGUAUCUCGAGGAUCGGACAAAGGACGUUGAGGGCGCCAGCGGGAAGCCGUUCUUCGCCUAUCUUCCGUACUCUGCACCACACUGGCCGCUGCAAGCUCCUAGCGAAGACAUCGCGGACUAUAGGGGCGUCUACGACGAAGGGCCAGAGGUCCUUCGCCAAAAACGCCUGCAGAAGCUCGAGGAGCUGGGCUUGAUACCAGACGGGACAGUGCCCCAUGAUGUGGUCGCCAUGGGCAAGCGGACUCUGUCGAAGUACUGGAGCGAACUCACCCCUGACGAGCGUAGAUUCUCGUCUCGAUGCAUGGAAGUGUAUGCAGCCAUGGUCCAGUGUAUGGACACCCAGAUUGGCCGCGUCCUGGACCAUCUGCGCCAGUCAGGCGAAAUGGACAACACCUUUGUCCUGUUCAUGUCUGACAAUGGCGCAGAGGGGAUGCUGUUGGAGGCCCUGCCCCUGAUCGAGCACGAUAUAUACGACCAUAUCGACCAGUACUACGACAACUCCGUCGAGAAUGUGGGCAACUACAACUCCUUUACCUGGUAUGGACCUCACUGGGCAUCCACUGCCACCGCUCCGUCUCGUCUCUAUAAGAUGUUCACCAGCGAGGGCGGAAUCCGCGUCCCCCUUAUACUCAACUACCCGCCUCUGACAUCGGGGAAAGCUAACAUCGAUCAUUCGUUUUGUACGGUUAUGGAUAUUGCUCCCACUAUCCUUGAACUGGCCGGUGUCCAGCAUCCGGCCCCGUCUUACAGAUCUAGGACUAUCGUUCCCAUGCGCGGUUCGUCUUGGUUGCCAUACCUUCAGGGAGGCCAGCCAUACAUACAUUCCGAGGACCACGUUACUGGAUGGGAGCUUUUUGGCCGCCAGGCAGUGCGCAAGGGAGACUGGAAGGCCCUGCAUAUUCCAAAGCCAUAUGGCCCUGGGAAAUGGCAGCUGUACAAACUCAGCGAGGAUCCAGGCGAAACAAACGACCUGGGAGCGCUCUUCCCGGAAAAGCUGGCCGAGUUAGUUGUGGAAUGGACCAAGUAUGAGAAGGAAGUAGGCGUAGUUGGCAAUGCGAUUCAGUAUGGAGUGCUUGGAGUAGACCCCCUGAACUGA